AAGCGUAUGUAAUUUGAUCAUUUUGAGUAUCCGUAGUCUUGUGUUUACAUGUGUAGUGAGUUAUGUUAGCUAGGAGUAAGCACACAUUUUGCAGGUUUGCUGCAAAAAGUACCAUUUAACUUUAUGCUGAAAAAAAUGCUGGACAUUUUGUUUUUAUUCUCUACCAAGCUAGCCUUUCAGUUUGCUAGCGACGUUACUAGCUAACUUGAAUUAGACGUGUUUUAACAGAUGACAGGAGCUAGUUAGCUAAAGGUCGCUAGCUAGCUAGUAAUAAAAAGACUGAAUGCUAUGGCCUGGUCACUCGUCAGUUAACUUCUUUGGAAUGCAGUCGGUCACUGGGACUGAUUAUGCUGUUGAGCUCGAGACGAGUAGCAAGGAACAUGACAACGACCUCUUGCCGUCACCUGCACAUGAUCCAUCGACUGAUAUAGUUGCUGCUGAGGAAAGUCACUUGCAUUGCAAUGUGAAGGAGCUCAUCGCCCCUGGUAAGAAAUAUAUAUAACCUAUUAUCAUCACAGAAAUGCGCUAAAUGAGUGGAACCUGGCCUCUUUGAUUCCAAAGUUUGCGGGUGGGGCGUGACAGCUUUUCAUUGACUCUGUGUAAAACAGCACCUUCGUCUUCCACAUUGUAACUUGGAACAGCGAUUGAGGAAGUCGACAAAACCAUUCCAUUGUUUCUGCAACUACAUCCCCCUAACAAGCAAAGUUUACAAUGUCUUCUACCCUCUUGUGGCUUUGAGACUCUAUUGACUCUUGUCAAGGAGGAAAAUGUAAGUAGUCCAACCUCAAUGGAACAUUGAAAGACUUAACUUCACUAGCUACUUGCUGUUUAUUAUCUAUGCAUAGUCACUUUACCCCUACCUAAUGUACAAAUUGCCUCGACUAACCUGCACCCUGCAUAUUGAUUCGGUACUGGUACCCCCUUUAUAUAGCCUCAUUAUUGUUACUUGUUUGUUGUAAAUAUUUUCUUAAAUGCGUUGUUGGUUAAGGGCUUGUAAGUAAGCAUUUCACGGUAAGGUGAAACACCUGUUGUAUUCGACCCAUGUGACAAAUUUAAAAUGAGAUUUGAAAAAGAUAACUAUUAUUAGAGAAUUGUGAGAACAUUCUCUUCUCACUGUAACAUCAAAGGUUAAGUGCAUUCCAUAGUCAUUGGAUGACAUGCUGCACAAACAGAUAGAGCCCCCUUAUUUUUUUUUAUAUAUAUUUUUUCAUCAAAGUACAUUAUAUUGUUAUGUACUGUCUUGGUGGUGGCCAGUUCCAUGGCUUAAUAUCAGAAGUUCUAGGAUCAUCGCUCUAACACUGCAUCAUAAGAAACUGUUUGCAUUCUCGUUGUUGUCAAAGCAACACAAUGGAUGGGGUGGAGUCACACCACAGCUGGUUGGUGGCACCUUAAUUGGGAAGAAUGGGCUCGCCUUAAUGAGUGGAAUGGUAUCAAACACAUGGUUUCCAGAUGUUUGAAUCCAUUUACUCCGUACUGGACAUUAUUAUGAGCCGUUCUCCCCUCCGCAUCCUCCUGUGAGUCACACACAUAAUCCAUUCAGUCAGACCAUACAUUUUACUAUGAGCAGUUUUUUUUUUCUGUUGCUCAACUACUUUCAAGGAAUAGCUUGUGUUCACUAGCUUCAAAUAUUCAUUACAUUCACCCAGAGUCUUGACGCGCUUUUGUUGGAAAUUAUGUCUGCGAUAUUUGGAGGAUCCAUCUUAGCCAUUUGCAUGCUGUCAUCAUCUCCCCCUUGUUCCUCAGAAAAUGAAAUAGUGAAGAGGAUCAAGAAGAGACCCCAAAAGCCACGUGGAAGUAAACAGAAGUCCAAGUCAUCAGAAUGCUCUGACAAUCUCAUGUCAGAACUUCUAUUCGCAGCUACAGCAAUAUGGAACAACCUUGGCUGUAAACAGUUUAUGCCAUUUUAUUUAUGCAUUUGUAUCUAGGUUAACUUAAAUUAACAUUUCCAGACUAAUAUAACAUGGUUGUAACAUACCUUUUUAUAGAGAGAAUGAGUUCAGUAGUUACCAUGACAGGGCUCUAUGCUGGUGGCAGCAACUCUUAAGUCUAUAAUGACUGGUUAUUUGUAGUAGUUGCCAAUUGAUGCAAGGACCUUCCUUGUACCGCAGCUGCCCUUGAAUUCAAAUUUCCUCCAGCUGCCUAGUGGCGAUAAAUAAUGCAUUGUUGACUUGACUCGCGGUUGGUUUUACAGAAGGGCAGUCAAAUCCAACUACAGAAUAGCAGAAUCACACAUUUGUCUCCUGUAAAACACUAAUCAUUGUGCUACAUUUCCCCUAGUUACCAAGCCAGAGGCCAAUUUGAAGAAGAAGCGAAAGAGAGAUCAGUGAAGGCCCUGGUGAUGCAGAGGGACUCCAGACUCACUCGGGCUCUGGUGCCUGUAGCCAGUCUCCACAUCACGCUGCUGGUGACCCACUUGGCCAGUCAAGAGGAAGUAAACUUGGCAGUGUGUGCAGUGGCCCAGAUGAAGGCAUCACUGCAGGACCUGCUGCGGGGGUGAGAGCUCAUCCUGCCCUUCCACAGCAUCGGACACUUCAGGAAGGUGGCGUUUUGUAGAGUUGGCCCAGGGAGAGAUCCUUGUCAAACUGGUCCAGAUCGCAGAAUGGACCGUUAUCAUGCACCUGUAUCAAAACCGGGGUAGCGAGAAAAGAUAAGUGUCACCUAUGCACUUAAAUGGCGAAUGGAGGAAGCUUUCCCGUGGUUAAUUUGUGCCAGCCAGGUCUUGUGAGGAAACCGUUUGAAGAGAAAUGCAUCUCGUCUGGUGACCGCAAAGCCUUCAAGCCUCACCUUCCCUUCAUGAAGCUGUCCAAAACUCCUCCUCUACACAGUCAGGGUUUAAAGAAGCUGUACUCUGACUACGCUCGUCACCACUUUGGAAAUGAGAGGGUGUUCAGACUGGCCCUCUGCUCAAUGGUGAAGAAAAAGACCCCAGAUGGAUUCUACCACCGAGAUCUUUUUCAGAGCGGGCCUCGGGCUGCUCGGACAAGUGUCAAGAGGGGUCCGGAGCCUGACGAUGAGGAGCUUGUGAGCCUGAGUAAGAGGCUGGUGGAAGACGCCGUGCUGCUGGCCGUGCAGCAGUUCAUGGACGAGACUCAACACAACGGGGCCGCGUCAUCUGACCCGGCGCGGCCCUCAGACAACCUCAACACUAACGCUGUCAAAACAACCGACACCAGUGCCAGCAGCAAGUGACCACAGCCAAUUCCCCCAGGCAGCACUGGACACUAACCAGUCAGGCAGGAACUCAGGCAGGCAGGCAGCCAGGCAGCCAGCCAACCGGCCCAGGAGCCAAUGGGCAGUACUGUUACUGGAUCAAGCCCAGUUGAGGUGUUUUACUAGAGAAGGAAGAAAGAAAGGUUUUGUGGCAAAACUCUGGAUUGAGUGUGGAAUCCAUAUGCAGUUUUUUGUGUUCUUGAUUUUGUGUACCUGAUUGUCACCAAUGAUCAAGGCAGCCUCGGGCCACACAACCCCUCCUGUCAUGUCUGUCAGUCCAUCUGUCUAGUGUGGACCUUUGUUCAUUCUUGAUUUAUCUGUGCCCUGGGAGAAAGAGUUGGCCUUCUGAAGGAAAUUUCUGUUCUGAUUAAUAUGAUAUGUGAGGUGUGGGUCGUUCCAAUGCUCAAAGUGGAGCUGACAUGUCACGACACACACUACAGACUGAUCUUGGUUAGGUUAGGCUGUACCUCGGCUCUCCAAGGUGCAGUCAGUACAAAGACAUUCACCGUCUUUCUACUAAGCUAAAACAAAACAGCACUACAAAAGGAACUGCAACUCAAGAACCCGAGACCAGGGAAAAUGAGCUCAUCUAUGCAGCUGGACAAUAUGCUGUGAACUAUGUUUACACGAUCCUGUCUCAUCUGUGCUGUAAGUGGCUAAAACUUGAAAAGGUAAAUGAAGAGUGGGUCCCAUGUGCUACCUGUGGUAAAAUAUGCAUGUUAAAAUAUGACAAAAAGGUUGACCUACCAGCAAUGAGGAUCAUGUUAGGUUCGUGUUUGUUUGUUUGUCCCCUGUAGGAGGGGCUGGUGAUGCAGCAGGUCUGGUUAGGAAGGCCCGGUGCACACACAAUCAUUCUCUGUCUCAGAACCUACAGGACAUAAAGGAGCAUCUAUCACAGCUGGCUGUUCAAGCUAGCAUCCGCCAGGAGAUCUCUGGCUGAACACUCCCAGCUCCCACCAGCAGUGCGGC